GAUUCGGGUUUGACUCGGGGCUUGUCAGCUAGGCUACAUUAUGCCAGGUCAGGUUGUGGCGUCUAUGUGGGGGAAAUCCGCAUAGCGCGAUUGCAUGCUGUUUUAUGAAAGAAUACCUAGUGUUUUUGUCGAAUAAACUACCGGAUACAAAUCUGCUCUGAGUCCACGGAGGGAGAAAAAACAUCUCCUGAUUCCAUUGCCGGCAGAAAGAGGGAACUUCGGCUUUUGUUUUGUUCUAAAAAAACAAGUGAAGAAGACCUUUGCAGAUCUGUCUGUUGGAUAUGAUCUGAAUUGUAAGGAGGAAAAUCAUUUUGAACUAUCCAUUGUGUUUCAUGGAACUUGCCAUUGGGGGCAUCGAGCACCUCCCGCCCCUUCGCCUCUAUCCCAAAAUACUGGAGGCUAUAGCAAUAGCAGUGACGACCUGCAGCAUUGGAUGAGACACGGGAUCCAAGGUACACUUGACCACAAUAGAAACCUGUUUUGGACGAUUUCUGCUCCCCCGCAUCGUUUACCUAACUCCGUUAGAUAGGUACGCAUCAUCUCGUUUGUGCGUAAAAAAAAGCUCAUUGGAUUUCUUCGGCAGAUCUCAACGCCAAUCUACCGUACGGACACCGAUUCGUGGUGCGUAGUUCAAAAGCUACUGAUCGUUGGAAUAACUACAGUCAGUCAAUAAUUGAUGCUUUCCACGUCGGCUCAUUAGCUUGAAACUAGUUCCCAGUCGGCAUCGGUUCUGAAGGUAACGGCGUAUUCCCAACAUACCUGGUCCAAACCAUUUGGAGUGAAUUGAUCCAGUCCACUAAGGGGGAGCUAUCAGAGAAGUUCCGGAGAGUUGAAGCGCCGUGGCGAUGUUGGCGAGUGUUUUGAUUGUCCUCCUGGCUGUGAACAUAGAAGCUGGAGAUGGACAGAGUGUCCAGAUGGACUCCAUUAAGUCAGGAUUCGUGGGCUCCCAGGUGGAGCUGCGUUGUAUCUUCGUUAAUUCCAACCCUCCAGUCAAGAUCUCUCAGGUGACGUGGCAGAAGUUCCUGAACGGCACCAAACAGAACGUGGCCAUCGCCAACCCGUCGCUGGGGGUGUCCGUGCUCCCGCCCUUCAAGGAGAGGGUGACCUUCAAGCAGGCAGCGGUCCGCCACCGCACCCCGUCUCUGGAGGACACCACCAUCAUGUUCUCUAAUCUGAGGCUGUCUGAUGAGGCCGCAUACAUCUGCGAGUACACCACCUUCCCUGCUGGGAACCGAGAGAACAUGGUCAACCUCACCGUGUUUGCUCGACCUCAGACCCGAAUGACCUUGACCACGCCCACCAUCGUGGCCCGCCCCCAGAAGCGGAAGAUGACCGUGGCGACCUGCCUCUCGGCUAAUGGAAAGCCUCAGAGUGUGAUCAAGUGGGACACGAGGCUGAAGGGCGAAGCCACGUUCCAAGAGACGCAGAAUGCCAACGGCACGGUGACCGUUAGGAGCAACUAUGUGGUCGUGCCCAGCAGAGAGACACACAAACAGAAACUCACCUGCAUCGUAACCUACAACAACGAGAGGAUUACAGACAGUGUCGUGCUCAACGUGCAAUAUGAACCGGAGGUGAAGAUCGAGGGCUUCGAUGGUAACUGGUACCUGGACCGUCAGGAUGUCAGCCUCACCUGCAAGGCUGACGCUAACCCUCCUGUUACCGUCUACCAGUGGAAAGUGGUGAAUGGAUCUCUUCCCAGCACCGUGGAGAUUCUUAACAACUCUCUGAUCUUCAAGGGCGCGGUGACCUAUGAGCUAGCUGGGACGUAUGUGUGUGCUGCCACCAAUGGGAUUGGGACUCGUACUGGUCUGGUCCAGGUUAAUGUUACUGAAUUCCCUAACAACCCACCACCUGGGGGCCCUGAGAUCCCGCAGGAGCAGCACAAUGCGGGUGCCGUCAUCGGGGGCGCCGUGGGCGGGGUCGUCAUGUUAGCGGCGGCCGCCACCCUGCUCUUUAUAUUCCUGCGCCGCCGCCAGCGCACCUUCAAGGGCGACUACAGCACCAAGAAACAGGUGUUUGGGAAUGGCUACAGCAAGGCCGGGGGCCUGCCAGCCCACCCUCCCAUCCCCAACAACCUGCAGUACCCAGACGACUCAGAUGACGAGAAGAAGCCUGCCCAGAUCGCUGUGACCGGAGGGUUCGAGGCAAGCGAGCGUGAUUUUGACGGAGAUGCGGAGGAUUUGAAGAGGUCCUAUUUCACGGUGGACGAAGGAGAGAGCAGAGAUUAUGACGAACGGACUCUUGCUUUCCAGUACGACCCUGAGACGGAGAUAGCCGAUGAUAUGGUGUCCCAAACCGAUGGCUCUGUCAUUUCAAAGAAAGAGUGGUAUGUGUAGGGGACACAAGCAACCAAACCAACCAACCGACCUCCCGUCUCACCCUCCUACCCUUCCCCUACCACCACCACUACCACCCCUCACCUCCAUUAGUCAACCCCAUCCCGCCUUUCAUCUCACACAUUCAGUCCAGUGCCCCUCCAAACCCCCAACCCCAUCAGAACCCAGUCAAUUAAAACCAUGUUUAAAAAAAUGCACUAUCAAGUCCUAAGGAGCAUGCAACAACAUCAAAAUGUCAACAACAACAACAACACAUUAAAAUGUCAACAACACAUCAAAAUAUCAACUACAACAUUACAUCAACAUGUCAACAACAUUACAUCAACAUGUCAACAACAACACAUCAACAUGUCAACAACAACACAGCAACAUGUCAACAUCAAAAUAUCAACUACAACAUUACAUCAACAUGUCAACAACAACAUGUCAACAUGUCAACAACAUUACAUCAACAUGUCAACAACAACAUUACAUCAUGGUGUAUUGAAAUUCCAUUAGAUGAAACUGCAAAUAAUACUAAACACGGUUUGUCAUUGGACUCAUGCCCAACCACCAUUGACUACCAUUGGACUCAUGUGCAACCACCAUUGACUACCAUUGGACUCGUGUGCAACCACCAUUGACUACCAUUGGACUCUUGUGCAACCACCAUUGACUACCAUUGGACUCUUGUGCAACCACCAUUGACUACCAUUGGACUCGUGUCCAACCACCAUUGACUUUUCAAGGCCAGACAGAAAGAGUGAUCUGGUCGCUUGGAAAAUACAGGUGGAUUAUUGUUGUGUGUUUUUCCAUGAUAUUCUAAAUGUAUUACAUGUAUAGAGACUUGGGAGAGAUGAGGUAUUUGCUGAGCACAUUGUGAAAGUCCAACACUGGAUGUAUGAUACAUUGUUUUUUAUUAUUCUCGUCACCAAUGCCUUUUCUGCCAUAGUUUGUUUUUUUAUAACUUGUUUAUGUAUGUUAUGGGUUUAACUAGGGUAACUAGAGGGUACAGUAACUAAAGGGUACAGUAACUAGAGGGUACAGUAGCUAAAGGGUACAGUAACUAGAGGGUACAGUAACUAGAGGGUACAGUAACAUGUCAAUCGAAACAACAGGUUUAUAUACUGUAGAUAUAUAUGAGUUAUCUGAUUGUGUUGUUUUAAGAGAAUGAGAUGUAAUGCCAUUACAGCCCCUUCUUCUCUCCCUGGCUUCUUAUUAACUAGCAACACUACACAACAAUACAAGACUGGGUUUAACCCAAUGAUGUGUAUAAACCCUGGAUUGCUGAUGCAUUGUAUUGGCCAAUGAGAAGCUUUGAAGCCAACGGUUGGCUAUAUUGGCACUCCCCAGAACUCCAUAAGAAUCAAAGGAAGUCGACAGUAUUUCAAAUAAAUGUUUCAAGGACAAAA